AUGGGGAUUAAUAUUCUUCCUCUCUUCUGUUAUCUUUUUGUGGAAACCUUGUCUUACAGUGAAAUCUCCGUGGCAACUGACAUGCUAAGGCAAUUUCAGGCAAUUAGUGAUGUCGAUAAUGGAACUCUAGUCUCUGUGGGAAAAGUGUUUCAGCUUGGCUUCUUCGCUCCUGGAAAUUCCAAUAGAAGGUACUUGGGUAUAUGGUACAACAACAUCCCAAGUCAAGCCGUUGUCUGGGUAGCAAACAGAGAUAACCCACUUGAUGAUUCAUCAGGGGUUCUAAGGAUUGAAAAUGAUGGAAAUUUGGUUCUUCUUGGCCAAACAGAAAGAGUAGCUUGGUCAACUAAUACUGUGAAUUUAUCAUCAAUAAAUAUUGUUGCACAACUCUUGGACACAGGAAAUCUUGUUUUGAGAGAUGAGAGGAAUGGAAACAGUGAGAAUUAUGUUUGGCAAAGCUUUGAUCAUCCUUGUGAUGCCAUGCUAGCAGGCAUGAAAUUGGGAUGGGACUUAAGGAUUGGUUUGAAUCGGUACCUUACAUCAUGGAAGAGUGCAGAUGAUCCUUCUCCUGGAGACUUCUCUUAUGGAAUAGAAAUUCAAGGACUGGCACAAAUAGUCCUUCGGAAGGGUAGUGUAAAUAUGUUCCGGUCAGGGCCGUGGAAUGGAGUGGAAUUCAAUGGGAUCACUGUUUCAUCCAACGUUCCCUUCAUUCCCAAGGUCAUCAAUAAUUCAGAAGAGAUGUAUUUUCAAUUUAGUCUCUCCAAUGAAUCCACUCUAACAAUGUCAGAGCUAAGCUACUCUGGGGCACUUCAACGUCUUGUAUGGGACAAUAGUUACCUCAGAUGGCAUGUCAUGAGUGCUCUGCCACGCGAUCAAUGUGAAAGCUAUAGUCAGUGUGGUCCUAAUGCUAUUUGUACGGUUAGUGAAGCUCGCAUUUGCAGCUGUUUGACUGGAUAUAUGCCUAAAUUUCCUCAAGAUUGGGAGAUGCUAAUUUGUGGUGGUGGGUGCAUUCGGAACACCCCAUUGAAUUGUUCUUCCGGAGAAGGAUUUAUAGAACUUGAAGGUGUUAAAAUGCCCGAUUUGUUGCAGUUUUUGGUGUUGCCCAGUUUGCCCCUUGAGGAAUGUAGAUUGGAGUGUUUAAAGAAUUGCUCUUGCACUGCUUAUGCUAAUUCAGGUGCUACUGGAGGGGGAACUGGUUGCUUGCUCUGGUUUGCGGACCUCAUUGAUAUGAAGAAACUGACACUAUCUGGUAGCCAGAAGCUUUAUAUUCGGGCUGGAGCUUCAGACCUAGUGUCAACAUCAGAUUCCAACAAGAAAAAGAUGGUAGUGGUAGUCCUGACGAUAAGUGCAACAAUUGCAGUGGUGUUUGUCAUUGCCUCUUGUAUCAUUUGGAUGCUGAUCUUACCUCUAGAACAGAUUGGACUACGUAGAGCUCAAAGGCAGCCCAAACAUUUUUGA